GGGAGUAUGGCUGCGUCAAAACUUAUACCGCGAUCGCGCAGUUUCUGUUUACAUGCGCUGUGAAUCGUAAUUAACUUGAACAAAACAAACAUUUUAACAUUGAAGUUUAAGUAAUAAAACUGUAAGAAAGUAUUUUUUUAGUGAUUUUAAGUGACAAAUGGACUGUUUUAACGUGAAAAUAUGAAUAAAAACUUAUUUAAAAUGAUUUUGGUUAAAGUUUGGAUUUGUUUGGUUAUGGUGAUUGGUGCGCGCGCACGCUCUGCGCCGCCCGCCCCUGUCGGCUGCCAGUGGGACUAUUCGGACACAAAGUUGAGUGAAUCUAACUUUCUCACGUGUAACAUCAAAACCAUCGGCUCGGCAGACUUCUUAUUCAAAAACAUAACCACAGCGCAGGCGUACAAUAUCAACAAGUUAAAACUGACAUGCACCGAUUUACUUUUCUUCGAAAGUUCUUUACAUAUGAAUACUGGAAGUUUUUUAGGACAACUUCGAAAACUUGAAGAAUUGCAAAUUGAUUAUUGUAAAAUACGUUAUGUUCCUGCAACAGUUUUAUCGCCACUUCGUGAUUUAACGACUUUAUCUUUGCGUUCAUACAACACUGAUUGGCCCGCAAUGACUAUGGAGUUCCAUGCCGAAAGUUUUCGUGGUUUGAUGGAACUACGUUCGUUAGAUUUGGGUGAUAAUAAUAUUUACAUGUUACCAUCUGAAGUGUUCUGUCCAUUAUUUAGCCUAGAGUCUUUAAAUCUAACUAAUAAUAGAAUACAGGAUAUCUCAGAUAUUGGAUUUUCUGAUUGGGGAAAAGGACCUAUAGCUCCAGGGAAAUCUUGUAAUACUGGCUUGAAGAUGCUUGACUUAUCACAUAACAACAUUCUCAGGCUACCUGAUAAUGGUCUCUCUAGUCUGAGAUCUUUAGAAGUUCUGAACAUUCAGAACAACUUGAUUAAUGAAAUUGGAGACAGGGCUUUUGUUGGAUUGAAUUCAUUGAAAACUCUUAAUUUAUCUGGAAAUAAAUUAGUAGCUGUACCUCCUGAGCUUUUUCAAUCUUCACGGGUUAUCAGAGAAAUAUCAUUAGCAAAUAAUUCCCUGUCUGUGAUUGCACCAGGACUAUUGGAAGGACUUGACCAACUCGAAAAACUUGAUUUAUCGAGAAACCGUUUGACCAAUGAUUGGGUAAAUAGAGACACAUUUUCGGGUCUAAUUCGCUUGAUAAUUUUAAACUUAUCAUAUAACUCACUUGCUCGUUUAGACCCGAUAUCAUUUCAAGAUCUCAAUAACCUGCAAGUUCUAAAUUUAGACAAUAAUGAAAUAAAACUGAUAAGCAAUGGUGCUUUCGCAGAGCUGAAAAACUUGCAUCAACUUUCAAUAUCAGACAAUAAAAUUAAAAUAUUAAAUGAAAAUAUUUUUUCGAAUUUAUUUGUGCUGAGCCAACUUUAUCUUGACAACAAUGAAAUUUCAUCUAUACAUGACAACUGUUUUGAAAAUAUUACAUACUUACAAGAUCUGGGACUAAAUGGAAAUAAUUUAAAUGUUAUUCCCAGCAGUAUUAAACGGUUAAGAUUUCUGAAAUCGCUUGAUAUUGGAAAGAAUAAUAUAACCAAAAUUUCUAAUACAUCGUUCGAGGGCCUUGAAGAGCUUUAUGGACUACGGCUUGUGGAUAACUAUAUUACCAGUAUACCCAAGGAUACAUUCAGUUCUUUGCCAUCCUUACAAGUACUGAAUUUAGCAUCUAAUAAAAUUGAAACUAUUGAACAAAAUGCUUUUGUUUCCAAUCCGACAUUAAAAGCUAUACGUCUUGAUGGCAAUAAAUUAACUGAUAUAAGAGGUGUUUUUAAUAAGUUGAAUACGCUUGGUUGGCUGAACAUAUCUGAUAACAAACUUAUAUACUUCGAUUAUAGUUAUAUGCCCGAGAGUCUGGAAUGGCUAGAUAUUCAUAUGAAUAACAUCACAAAAUUGGAUAACGAGCAAAACGUGCAACAAAAUAUUCGAAUGCUCGACGUAAGUUACAAUUCUUUAGAAAGAGUGGAUGAAAUGUCGAUACCUGAUUCAAUACAGAUCCUUUUCUUAAAUAACAAUAAAAUUCACACUAUUCAUCCAGGUACAUUCAUACAGAAACGCAACUUAGAAAAAGUUGUAAUAACAGACAAUAAACUUAGAACUGUUGAGUUAGCAGCAUUUACAUUACCUCAUAUUCCAAAACAUAGAACAUUGCCGAAAUUUUUUAUUGGAAAUAACCCAUUUAUAUGCAACUGUCACAUGAUCUGGUUGCAAAAGAUUAACCUUUGGAACCAUAUGAGACAAUAUCCGAGAUUUGCAGACUUGGAGUCGGUUACUUGUGAAGUCGUUAGCAACAAGUACGGUGGAAAGGCGAAUUUAAUGGAUGUUCCUGAAACACAGUUCCUUUGUUCUUAUGAAACUCAUUGUUCUUCAAGUUGUUUCUGUUGUGACUUCGAAGCUUGCGAUUGUAAAAUGACUUGUCCGGAAGGCUGCUCUUGCUUUCAUGACAGUAAUUGGAAUUCAAAUGUUAUUGACUGCUCAAAUGUAGGAUAUACUGAAAUACCAGAAAAAAUACCCAUGGACGCAACGGAAUUGUAUCUUGAUGGAAAUGAUUUUGGGACAUUAGGCAGUCACUUAUUUAUAGGUAAAAAGAAAUUACAUAAGUUAUAUCUGAAUAACAGUAAUAUUGCCACUAUGGACAACGAUACCUUCAAUGGAUUACAUUCACUAAACGUUCUGCAUUUAGAAAAUAACCACUUAACUGAAUUAGCUGGCGGCGAAUUCUCACAAACAAAGCAUUUACGAGAAUUGUAUUUAAACGAUAACUUCUUAACAAGUGUAGGGAAUUCGACUUUUGAAAAUUUGUCUUCAUUACGUGUAGUUCAUCUUCAAGGCAAUAAAAUACUUGAUCUUGAUAAAAAAUUAAACCACAUUACUCAUUUAGAAACUGUGAAUAUUAAAGGCAACAUAUUCACCUGUUCCUGUGAGCAUUUGAUAUCUUUGCAAAAUUGGCUAAAGAAACAUAACAAGGAUCCUUCGGAUAUGAUGUGUUUUGAAACUAGUUUAAAUAUGACAGUGUUUGAUGUAACUGACAAGUGUCAUGACUCUAUAGUGACGGACAAUACUAUACCUACAGAAAAUCAGCCUUUUCAAUAUGAUGAAAUUAGCACCAUAAAAUUGAACUUUGUGCCUCUUCUGGCUGUUGUGUUAAUAAGUGUAAUUCUUAUUUUAUUGUUUGGUGCUUUAGCUUUUUCAUUUAGGCAAAAUGUACGAUUAUGGGCGCACUCAAAAUAUGGUGUUAGAUUGUUUAAAAGUGCAUCAAUACAAGAAAGUGAACUUGAUAGGGAUAGAAUGUAUGAUGGAUAUGCUGUAUAUAGUUUAUUAGAUGAUGACUUUGUUUCAAGAGUAGUUGCUCCAGAAAUGGAACACUUUGGUUACACUAUGUGUUUCCAUUAUAGAGAUUUACAACACGUUCCAGAAAAUUACUUAAUAGAACAGAUUACAAAUGCCGCUGAAUCUUCAAAAAGAAUUCUUAUAUUUGUUUCCUUUAAUUUUUUACACAAUGAGUGGUCCAAAACUUCAUUUAAAGAUGCUAUAAAACAUGUCAUCACAACUAUUCAUCCUUCAAUCAGGCGGCAUAGAGUAUUUUUUAUUCUCACCACAGAUGUAAGUGCCCUAAAUUUAGAUGUAGACUUCCAAAGCUAUUUAAAAAAUUGUAACGUACUAAUUUGGGGUGAAAAAAAGUUUUGGGAAAAGUUACGAUUUCUUAUGCCAGAUAUAUCAAAUUUGCAAUGGAAUAAAGAGACAAAUAAUUACAAUCACGGUGUAUGUCCUAAUAGUAGACGAAAUCCCUCUCGAUAUACUGCGUCACCAACCGCCCCCGAGCUUUGGUACAAAUAUGAUGCUCUUCCACCACAAACACCUUCUACCACAAAUGUUGGUAUUACUGUUGAGGAUGACACCUCAAUGUUGACAAACACAACUUUAACAAGUCAAAUACAAGAAAUUGAUAAUCCACAUCAUAGUUAUAUUUCUAUCGAUACCCAAAAUUACGAACAACCUUAUGGAGGUCGGCCCAGACCACCUAAUACCAUACGCAAACAUACAGUACCCCAUUCUCCUUCGAUGCUCGAUGAGCAAGGCUAUUUACAACCCCGUUCAUCGGUACAUGAUUGCUUGCCACAAACCCAUACAGCCGUGCAUAGAUAACAUGUCACUAAACCAUCGCUAUCUUAAAAAGAUACUCGUUAAUGGAACAUUACAUUCCAAACCAUAUGUAGACUAGUCUACAUUGGUGUUGCCCAAGCCUUAUAGAAUAGUAAGAUUUUUUCAUAAAGGUUUGUUGAAAUAUUCACAAAGAGAACUUGUUUGUUCUUGAUUACACAAUAAUCAAAGAUAAUAUAUAUUUGAUGAGACUGUUAAAUAUCACGAGUACGUAAUAAAAAACGUAGUCUUAUUCAACUUUAAUUGAAUUAAUAAUAAAUUUUUGCAAAUGUAUUAGUAAUAAGUAUCAAAAUAAUUGUUGUUCUUUAAGACUGAUAAAUUUAAAAUGUAUAGAUUUUUGGAUUGCCAGUAGGUAUGUUGUGUGAAAUGACUAUUAAGUAUUUUGGUAUAGCAUGUUAUAUUAUCUCAUUGUUACCAAAUAUAUGUAAUGUAAAUAUAUUGUAUAUAAAUGUAUGUAUGUAAAGUAAUAUUUGUACAGUUUUACUAGUCAUUAAUUAAGAUUGAACGGUGUUAAUACUUGUAGAUAUAGUGUUACAUGGUCAAUAACAUCAUCUGUUUAGUGAUAGAAGCAAUUAAUAUUCCUUGUAGUGAGAUAAUGAUUUGUCAAAUUGCCUAUCUCUAUCAAUUUGAUAGUUCGAAUAUAUAAUAUAAUUUAUGUUAUUGACUGCGUUUACAAAAUGUACCUAAUAUAACUCAUUGUCGAUUGUUAACGUGGUGAAGAAAUAAACAAAAUCAAUUAUA